CUGGUCGUUUGUGCGUUGUAGAUCUGCGCAGGGAAGGUCCGUCUAUAUGGAGUGCUGGUAAAUAAAGCCGUUGCAGGUUGAGGGAGUGCUGAGAGAGGAGAUGGUGUGUGCUCGGAUGGAGCAGUGUUUGAACACGGCACAGUCUGUUUGACCUGCGCGUGUGGGGGGGCGAGCAAUGAAUAAACCCAAAAUGGCAACGGAGAAAGGCAUCCCCAGCAGUUCCCGGGUGCUGAUGCUACUCGGGCAGUUGGAGCGGCUCAACGGAGAGACUCUGCACCCUGACGGCGAGGCCAUCAGACAGGUUACCGGCAAAAUCCUGCACCUCAUCCAGACUCAAGAAAAGACGCAUAAGGAGAUCAUGGCGAAAGGCUCGAGCGGGAUGGAGGUCAUUCUCUCAUCUUUAGAGAACACAAGGGAUUUGCAGACAACGCUGAACAUCCUGGGGAUCCUAAAUGAGCUCUUGACUGUGGGUGGCGGCCGCAGGAUUGGAGUCUUCGUAUCUAAAGGAGGAACCGGCAUCCUUCUGCAGUUGCUGCUUAGCUCGGGCAGAGAAACGUCUCCCAAUGAAGAGCUCAUGCUGCAGAUCCACUCUCUGCUGGCCAAGGUCGGGCCUAAGGACAGGAAGUUUGGAAUUAAAGCGCGGCUCAGCGGGGCCCUGAACGUCACCGUGAAUCUGCUGAAACAAAACCUGCAGAAUUACAAACUGAUGCUGCCGUGUUUGCAGGUGCUCCGUGUCUACGCCAGCAACUCAGUGAACGCAGUGUCUCUGGGAAAGAUCGCCGUAGUGGAGAUGAUGUUCAAAGUCAUUGGACCUUACAGCAAGAAGAACACCACUCUUCUGAAAGUGGCCCUCGAUACAUUGGCAGCAUUGCUGAAAUCAAAGAUGAACGCCCGGCGGGCGGUGGACCGGGGACACGUGCCAGCUCUGCUCGCCAUCUAUCAGGACUGGCACCGGAAUGACACCCGCCAUAGACACGUGCUCAUUCGCAAAAGCAUUCUGGGUUGCAUCAAAAACAUCACCAACAUCAAGCUGGGCAGGAAAGCCUUCAUCGACGCAGAUGGCAUGCGGAUCCUCUACAGCACUUCUACUGAGUGUUUGCCUGUCAGGACUUUGGAUCCUCUGGUCAACAUUUCUAGCCUGAUCAUGAGAAAGUGCUUUCCAAAGAACCGCUUGCCUGUCCCAACCAUCAAGAGCGUCUUUCAUUACCCACUACCGCACAUUCCAGCCAGCGGCCCUGUAGCUCAGCUCUACAGUCAGCCCCCGGGCGUGGAUGAUGUCUUAGAUGAGAGUGAUGAUAACGAGGACACAGAGAUCGACACCGAGAACGAGGAGGACGAGAAGGACCACAAGCCCCAGAAUGAUGACAUCGAGACCGAUAUCAACAAGCUACGACCCAGACACGUACAGAUACGGCAGUUUGAUGAACUAAGGCCCUUUGAGCGCUACUUUCCGGAAUUUUCGGAGGAUUUUCAGGAUUACGAUUUUGAGACGAACAAAUCCACGUCCACGUCCCCUUCCGUUCCUGAAGCCCCAAAGCAGCAGAAACACUCGAUAGUCAUCCCUACAGCUCAGACCAAACCCAGGAACAGAUCCUCACACCAGAACGAGGAGGAAAAACCCAUGGGUCUGAAGAGCAUCUCGAACUCCAAAGCUCCGGAGCGGGAGCUGGUGCACGGUCUGAGCCGGCUGCUUCUCGACGCCUCCGAUCCGGUGAACGGGGGAGGUUGCGUGGAGGCGGGGCUUCUGGAUGAGGGCGGGGCAGAGCUUGAGGUGCCUGAUACUGCGGCUCUGCUGCCCCUGCAUGACCCUGAACUGUACCUGGAGAUGGUGAAGGGGACGUUCUCGGUGCCCGGGUACACUGAGGUGGCGUACCCGGAUUAUUUCGGUCACGUCGCACCUAACAUUCGUGAGCACAUUCUCGAGAGGGUUUAUGGCGUACAGAGGGCGAAGAUCUUCCAGGAUAUCGAGAGGCUCAUCCAUCCCGGCGAUAUCAUGGAUAAGGUUGUGUACGACCUUGACCUGCAGAGCUGUCCAUUAAUUGAUGAUGACGAGGCUCUGAAGUUCAACUCGCAGUUUGAGUCGGGGAAUCUGCGCAAAGCGAUUCAAGUCAGAAAGUUUGAGUAUGACUUGGUGCUAAACUCGGACAUCAACAGUAACCACUAUCAUCAGUGGUUCUAUUUCGAGGUGAGCGGCAUGCGUGUGGGGGUACCGUAUCGCUUCAACAUCAUCAACUGUGAAAAAUCCAACAGCCAAUUCAACUACGGCAUGCAGCCGCUCAUGUACUCGGUACAGGAAGCGAUUGGCGGCAACCCUCGCUGGGUUCGUACCGGAUCUGAUAUCUGCUACUACAAGAACCAUUUCUCACGAAGCUCCAUCGCCGCCGGAGGUCAGAAGGGCAAAUCCUAUUACACCAUCACCUUUACCUUGAGCUUUCAUCACAAGGACGACGUCUGUUACUUUGCCUAUCAUUACCCGUACACCUACUCGACCCUGAAGAUGCAUCUCCAGAAGCUGCACGCUCUGUGCACUCCUAACACCUAUUACAGACAGCAGCAGCUCUGCAAGACGCUGGGAGGAAACGACUGCCCCCUGCUGACCAUCACUGCCAUGCCGGAGUCCUCCAGCAACGACCACGUCUGCCAAUUCAAGAACCGUCCGCUGGUGUUUCUCUCGGCACGCGUUCACCCCGGAGAGACUAACGCCAGCUGGGUGAUGAAGGGCACGCUGGAGUUCCUGAUGAGCUCCAGCCCUCUGGCACAAAGCCUCCGAGAGAGCUACAUCUUCAAAAUCAUCCCUAUGCUCAACCCGGACGGAGUUAUCAACGGCAGUCACAGAUGUUCUCUGAGCGGCGAGGAUCUGAACAGACAGUGGCAGAACCCCAGUACGGAGCUUCACCCCACCAUCUACCACACCAAGAGUCUGCUGCAGUACCUCAACGCUAUCGGGAGAACACCUCUGGUUUUCUGUGACUACCACGGCCACUCGAGGAAGAAGAACGUGUUCAUGUACGGCUGCAGCGUGAAAGAGACGGUGUGGCAGACGAAUGUCAGUGCCAGCUCCAGUGACCUUCAGGAGGAUCUGGGAUACAGGACUCUGCCGAAGUUGCUGUCUCAGUUGGCUCCGGCCUUUAGCCUGUCCAGCUGCAGCUUCGUGGUGGAGCGCUCGAAAGAGUCGACCGCGCGCGUGGUGGUGUGGAAGGAGAUCGGCGUCCAGCGCAGCUACACCAUGGAGAGCACGCUGUGCGGCUGCGACCAGGGCAAAUACAAGGGUCUCCAGAUCGGGACGAGAGAGCUGGAGGAAAUGGGAGCUCAGUUCUGUGUGGCUCUGCUCAGACUGAGACGCCACACGUCACCCCUGGAGCUGCGCAAUCACAACACACACCUGCUGGAUGUGGAGAGCGAUUUAAUAGACACAAGCUGCAAUGUCACCUGCCCCACCACUUACGUGAUGGAGGAGGACGAGCCUGGCUUUUUAGAAGAUGUGGACUACAGCGCAGAGAGUGACGAGGAGAACGAGCUCGAACCUGCUCACGUGGAUCUCAAUUCUGACCCUGAAUUUAGCCACCAAGACUCUCUUACAUGAGGGAUUGUCAGCCUAUCUCGUCCAUACCAAAUUUAACACACGACCUUAUCUACCAAAUACAAAACAAAAAACAGUCCUAGUUACUGAUACAAGUGUACACUAAUUAAACUUCUUGUCCAGUCUGGGUAGUAGUUACCUGAAUCGUAAUCAGCACCUCAUAUAUGUGCGAUCAACCAAACUAGAUUCCAUAAACAUAAUAACACUACAAUAAGAUAAAACUACUCAACUGGAAGAUGGCUGAACCACACAACCAGAUAUAAGGUAAAUUUCUGGACAGAAUGUAAAAUCCAGCUGUUAGCUAGUAAUGAACUAGAUGUUAAAAAUUGCUAAACGCCUUAGCGUUCUCAAGUCAUUAAGAACAAAUUAAAGGUGCUACAAGUGGACGUUUUACAUUUCAGUCAGUUCACAUCAACUAUGGUGAAGCCAUCGCUCUGUUUGUAACCUUAAAGCAUUAUAUCACGUCGUUCAUUAUACUGUAUGUAUCAUUAUAAUCGUGUUCUAUUGGAGCACAUUUUACAGUAUUGCAUGGCAUAAAAAAAAAAAAGUCAUUGCACACCAACCACCAUGCUAAACAUUGCAAUUCAGUGUGAGGAAUAAUAAGUAAUACCAAGUUUAUCUUCAUAUCACUCGUGUAUUUGGUGUUUGAUAGCAGCUCAGCAGUGUGAACAGGUUAUAGUAUCGGAUCAUAUCGCACAGGUCAGGGUCGAAUUUUGCAGCCAUUUGCACCAUUUCACAAAAAAAAGAAAGAAUCCAACCAAAAAAAGGACACUUUCAUUUUAAUUAUUUCUGUCGUGUUUGUAUAAUAAGUGCAUGACUCUUGAAUGUCGCGUUAUAAUUUAUUUUAUUUGUUUGAAGUUUUUUUUUUUUCUCGUUGGAGUACCUGCUUUCUGUGUAUAUGUGAAUGUAUGAGUGCGUAUGGAUACGGCUUAAAUGUAUAUGGGAGAAUCAUACCAAACUUUUUUUUUUUUUUUGGUUUUAAAAAUGAAUGUUUAACCUCUGACUGAAGUGAAAGUAAUAAAUAUUUAAG